UCGAGGGGCCGCUUCCCCACUGGACGCGCCGCUCUCGGCCUUCCUGCGGCCCAGCUGGCCGAGCUUGAGCUGUCUUCGCUGGGUUCGUCGCGGCCUCCUCGAGGAAGAGGCACUUUUGUCCCGGUCAGGCCAUUCGCUAGAUCAAGAACAAUGGCCCCUGAGGGUUUUGUGCCGUUUCUGGUCGUCUGGCGCGUUUCUCACAACUAUUAUGUUUAUUUUUCUUGUGUGUUUUUAACGUGUGAAAUAGGUUCCAUUUACAUUGCUCCUUGACAGAGAAAUUGAGACCUAAGUGACUUGCUCAGAGUCACAUAGUCCACCUACCAGUGGCAGCUGCUAAACUGGAAUGUAGAUCUCUUGUCAUAUCUUCUGCUUUUUCCACUACCGUAUGCUUCCCUGGAAGAUGGGAAUCCUGUUUUCACCUUGUAUCUCUUGCAGUGUCUAGUAUAGUCACUUGGGUAAGAUAGGCAUUCCGUAAGUAUUUACUGCAUCAUAUUUAUAAGAAUCUGAGUAUUUGGGGUUAUCUGUGAUCUCUGGAUUAUUAAUUUCUUUGAAAUGUUGGCCUAUACCACUCAGGGAUUAAGUCUACUAUGUAUAGCCAGUGCCACGGAGUUGAGUAAGACAUCUUUGUCCUUAAGCAAUCUAAUAAAAGGACUGGAGCAGUUUCAUGAAUUAUCUGUAACCCAAGGUAGUAAUAAGACAACUGAACACGGUGAGAACUCCAAGGAAUAAAAGUUGAUUUUGAGUUGGGGAAAAUUAUAAAGGAUCUUGAGGAAUUUUGCCCACAGCAGGGAGUGGGAAUACAUUCCAGAUACAUGGGAGGGUAAGAGCAAAGGCUUGAAAGCGGGAAAGAUCUGUAGUACAUUUUUACUGAAUUGGGCUACAUUGAGAGGAAGAGUUGAAAAAAUUAGAAAAUAAGUUUAUGUGGACCUUAUACCAGAGUCCUUUGAAUGGAAUGAGAAGACUGCAUUUAAGAACGUAAAUCUUGGAGCACCAUCUGAGGGUUUUUGAUGGAACUUCUUUCUAGGGCAGUUCAUCUGAGGUAAGUUUAAGGUGAGAAUGAAGAUCAGAGGCCAUUACCAAGCCAUUAUGCUAUUUUUGCUUUUGGAUAGAUGGUAAUAUACGUCCCCAAGGCAUAGAUCUUGAUCCUUUUUAAGGAGGAGAAACAAAACAGAGACAAUAAUAAUGAACAUCUGCCUAAGUCACUUGAAUAUGUGUCAAAGCAGGUUCAUUACCAUAAUUAUUUCCUUAGACUCUCAGUCAGAUUGAGACUUAAUUUCUUCAAAAGUAAUUAUUGUUCCCAGUCUCUCAGAACUAAUGGACAGUAAUGCCCUUGACACUGAGAUUGUCAUCAUCUGGCCCAAUGCUGAGCAUAUAAUUAGAAUUAACUAAGUUGAAUAAGUGAAGUCCUACCAGCAACGCCCUUGGAUCUCACUGACAGACCUAAUUCAUAACACAGGUAGAGAGUUGGUUGAAGGGAGAAGGAAGUAGGAAAAGACCCUGUGGAAAGAAGAAGAGGAAGCAAGACACACAUUGUGAGUAUGGAAGGAGGCCACUGAUUAUUUUCAUUGUGUGCAGUUUGGUGCCAGAGUCGCGUAUUCUUCCUGUGGAGUCCACAAAAGUUCCCUGAGUCUUUCCUUUUGAUUCAUCUCCCCGCUUGGGCACUGUUUCAGAAAUGAUGAACAUACAGCACCUGGAAUGGAUAAAAGUGGCAAUUUUUGUUUCUUCCCAUGAGGUGGUGUAUCUGGAAUGAGAACCAUGAAAUUAACUGAGACUAGGACAUUUCUAAGGACCUGGAAUGGCUUUGGGCAGUACCAGGAGGACCUCAAAGGAAUAUUUGAGAGCACAGAGCAAUGGAAGAGUUUUCUAACAGAAGGAUUUAUGGGAAACAAUUGAUCAGAAACACCAAAUAGAGAAACCUUUUAUAUUUCUUCAGGCUGUGGAAAAGUUGAGUCUUGGUUCAAAUGAAGUAAAAUGUACACUGAAGAGAAAUAAAAGUUCAAACAUGAAAAGUAUGUUACUGAACUCCCUAACAUAAAUUUAGGAAAACAAUUUAAAGGACAGAUCUUUUAAAUUUUGAAAGUAUGGUAAAAUAUUUGUAAAACUUUGGGGCUCAUCUCUAAGAAUUACCGUGAUUCUGAAACUUGAUAAUAUUUCAAAUAGAAAAUAGUUUCAGUGAAAAAUGACACUCAAGAGUACAUCACGUGUACCCAAGGAAGAAGACCUAAGAGUGGAAAAGUGCCACUAACAAAUAUAUUAAAUUAUUUAUCUACUUAGAAAUUACCUUAGCAAAUACAAGAGACACUCAAGUUGAAGCUUAGUCUGUGAGAAUGCUAUAGAGAAUGCAGUGAACGCUGGAUUUCAUUCAUAUGUACAACAGAAACUACUCACUUUCUUUAAAGAUUCUGUAUGACUGUUCCCAAAUUCCAGCUCUCCAGACAUCCCAAUUCAGUGUCCUUGCAGCUUGUAGUCUUUAUCCAGGUAGAGGAACUACUACCCAGUGAACAAACACUACAUACAGAGCAAUAUGAGUACCAUUUUCUUUUCUGGGAGUGUGGUAAAAUCAGGUCUUCUGGGAAGCGGAGAAGCCAUACAACAUCUCUGCUACACAAGAUUAAUCUGUCCUUGCCUUUAAGUCUUUUACAUGCCCUUCUUUUCAAGCUUCACUUUUUAUUGAGACUAAUCCUACCUUGGACUGUUCUUGUGGGCACAUCUCACUGAAUGCCUCCUCUCUUCAUGUUGUCUCUUUUCCUCUAUAGAGUUAGGGAAAAUAUGCAGGUAUCUGUCAUUCCUGACUGGGGCUGCUAUAUUUGUCAAGGGAGAGGAGAAGGAGCAGGGGGAUUCCAAAAACAGCCAGACAGGACUUUGGCAAUGGCAACUUUCUGAGUACAUAAGACCUUUAACUCAAGACUAGCUCUUCAAUACUGAUAAUCCCUUUCAACCUAUUAGCCACUGGUACAAAUGCCUUUGCCUUUUGGGGCUUUGAGCUAGUUUUUUUUUUUUUUUUUAAGAUUUUUUUUUUUUCCAAUUCAGUAAGGCUUUUUCCUUUGUUUUCUCCUGUUGGUUGUUCAAAAUCAUUCAGUAUGAAUAAGAGAGGGAAAUAUACAACACUGAAUUUGGAGGAGAAAAUGAAGGUUCUAAGCAGGAUUGAAGCUGGACGAUCACUUAAAAGUGUAAUGGAUGAAUUUGGAAUCAGUAAAUCAACAUUUUAUGACAUUAAAAAGAAUAAGAAACUGAUUUUGGACUUCGUACUGAAGCAGGACAUGCCAUUAGUAGGGGCUGAGAAGAGAAAGAGGACAACAGGAGCCAAAUAUGGCGAUGUAGAUGAUGCGGUCUACAUGUGGUACCAACAGAAACGCUCAGCUGGUGUCCCUGUUAGAGGUGUGGAGCUUCAGGCUGCUGCCGAGAGAUUUGCACAGUGUUUUGGGCGAACAGACUUCAAAGCAAGCACUGGUUGGCUUUUCAGAUUUCGAAAUAGGCAUGCAAUUGGGAACCGAAAAGUAUGUGGGGAACAAGUCCUAAGUUCAGCUUCUGAAAAUGUUGAGCCAUUUCGACAAAAAUUGUCCACGAUAAUCAAAGAGGAGAAACUGCAUCUGGCUCAGCUCUACAGUGGAGACGAGACUGACCUCUUUUGGAAAUCAAUGCCAGAAAAUACUCAGGCAAGUAGAAAAGAUAUCUGCCUGCCAGGGAAGAAAACAAACAAAGAACGGUUGUCUGCCCUUUUAUGUGCAAAUGCAGAUGGAACUCAUAAGUUAAAAUCAAUCAUUAUUGGAAAAUCAAAGCUGCCCAAAAGUGUGAAAGAGGACACAAGUACAUUACCAGUGAUAUAUAAAUCUAGUAAAGAUGUUUGGUUCACCAGAGAAUUGUUUUCAGAAUGGUUUUUUCAAAACUUUGUACCUGAGGUCCGGCAUUUUCAACUCAAUGUUCUAAGAUUCCAUGAAGAGGAUGUCAGGGCGUUGUUACUUCUGGACAAUUCCCCAGCUCACCCUUCCCCUGAAUCACUAACCAGUGAGGAUGGUCGGAUAAAAUGCAUGUUCUUUCCCCAUAACACUUCAACCUUGAUUCAACCAAUGAAUCAAGGUGUGAUCUUGAGCUGCAAACGACUUUAUAGAUGGAAGCAACUUGAAGAGAGUCUUGUAAUUUUUGAAGAAAGUGAGGAUGAGCAAGAUAAAGGAGAAAAAGGAGUUUCUAAAAUUAAAAUCUACAAUGUAAAAAGUGCAAUUUUUAACUGGGCAAAAAGCUGGGAUGAAGUAAAACAAAUAACCAUAGCAAAUGCAUGGGAAAAUCUUCUUUGCAAAAAGGAACCAGAAUAUGAUCUUCAAGGCCUAGAAGAUGGGGAUUAUAGAGAAAUUCUUGAAAAAUGUGGAGAGUUGGAAACCAAGCUGGAUGAUGAUAGGAUGUGGUUAAAUGGAGAUGAAGAAAAGGGGUGUCCCCCAGAAACAAAAGGUGAGAUUACAAAGGAAGUUGUUCAAAAAGGAGGAGGAGCUGAGAAGCAGACUGAAUUUAAAUUAUCUGCUGUUAGAGAAAGUUUGGACUACCUUCUUGACUUUGUUGAUGCCACUCCUGAAUUUCAAAGGUUCCAUUUCACACUGAAAGAGAUGCAACAGGAAAUAGUGAAGAAACAAUUCCAGAGUAGAACCCAUUCUAGAAUUGGUAGCUUUUUGAAACCUAGGCCUCAUAAUAUUAAGGAUUUCUUCAAUGGGCCUUCAACUUCUGGUUCUAGUAAUUAGAUUUUGUGUUUAGAGAUUUCUGCAGUUGUAUAAUAAUAUAUGAUAUAGGCCUGUUGUGAAUUGUCAUGUUUUAUCAACUGACAUUAUUUUGCAAAUCAAUGCCCAUUUAUAUAUUGGUUAUAAAGUAUACAGUUUGAAAAUAA